AGCAAACAACCUCAGCCUGGUAGAUGGAUACCUUUACCGCCUUCAUUUCCUGGCCCAGUGCUCCCUUGACUGCGUCGCUGGUACGGAAGUCGUUAUCGUCUCUCGACCCUUCACCAGUCAUUGUGCAGCAUUUACCCAAUUCUACAAAAAAUGGCGUGUUGCAAUGGGCGACAUACGACGAAAUCGACCACGAGCUCACAUAUUCUCAUGACCAUCAUAGCGACGUCCUGUCCUCUGCCUACACAUUUCGAAAGGCUCUGACGCGAAAACACUUCUUGUCAUGCACCAUUCACUCUUAUCUUACAAAAAAUCCAAGCUCCAUCCUCGGGCGUGCAGUACCAAAGACUUUUGAGCUCGAAAUAUCCUUUGCUGACGAGCUGGACGAGAUUUUAGCUGAUGAUCUCUGGGAUCUCAGUAGUAUCCUUGACAUCGACCCGUGCAGAUGGUGGAUUUUGAAACCCGGUAUGGCGGAUCGCGGAAAUGGAAUCAGACUUUUCAAUAGCAAAAGCUCGCUGCUGCAGAUCUUCGAAAGUUUUGAGGGUGAACAAUCUUCGGACGAGGAUGAUGACACAGCAGUUGCUACAUCUCAACUUCGUCACUUUGUUAUACAGGAAUAUCUCCCCAAUCCAUUGUUGAUUGACCCAGCGCAGGUCUCAAUAGACGGUUUGUUUAUACCGAAGGAACUGCAAGGCCACAAAUUUCAUCUCAGGGUAUAUUGCGUUGCGUCAGGAGCUCUACAACUCUACGUUUGCAAGCGAAUCUUGGCCUUAUUCUCCGCAGUUCCUUACGCACCACCCGAACGAGGGGAGAACGGGUCAGUUGAUUUAACGCCUCACCUUACGAAUACCUCGCUUCAAACCCAUCGCGGCGAGGAGAGCGUGCGACUGCUCGAUGAACUCAUCGGAUGUCAUAUUCAGUCUGGAGUUGAUGAAACCAACAUUCAGCUAUCUGAGUCACAUGUAGCUGACUUGACCAGGCAAAUAAGCUCGGUUCUAGCUGAGACGUUCAAAGCUGGACUUCAGAAUCCUGUUCAUUUCCAGGCCUUACCGAACGCCUUUGAGCUUUUCGGAGUCGACUUCUUGGUCACUCAUCAGCCAUUAUCUGAAUUUGCUUUCCAGAUUCAGUUACUCGAGAUCAACUCGGAACCCGCAAUCGAGUUGACGGGUCCCCGACUGUCAUGGAUACUUGAGGAUUUGUUUGUGUCUAUCGGGCGGGUUUGUGUGCAACCUUUCUUUACAAAGUGUAGACCCGAGACGUGGCCGGUUGGGGAGUCUCGGUUUGGUUUGUUGAAAUGUCUGGAUGAAAAAGUUCGUGCCAAUUAGACCUUCAUAUAUAUUGUUUUUCUUUUUCGUG